AGUGCGUGCACUUUAUCCUGCUGACCCACGGACACUCAAUACUUACCACACGAUCAAUCUCUCACUAAAUCUCCACCGUCCAAAUUCAAUCUCAUCUUAAAUCCGUGUUUAAAUCCCAUUUUCAAAUCCGAACCGCAUCGUAUCCAAUAAAAACCAAAAUCAUUUCAAUUCGCCACCGCCGACGGUGGCAGUUACUCCGUCAUAAUCACCGUGUCCGCCGUGUAUGGGCCACUCACACUCAAUCCACAACAGAAACACAAACCGCCGCCGUGAUAACGCCGUUAAUCACACCGUUAAUAACAGAUCAAUGACGGUUACAGAUCCGAAUCAAUUCCGUUCAAAUUCACCGGAAAAAUCAGUUGAAGAAGAUGAAGAAUACGAACAAUAUGUUUACGAUAAUAAUAAUAUCUUGAUUCUUCCAGAUUCAUGUCUAGCAUGUGUUUUUCAGCUCCUCAGUUCCGGUGACCGGAAAAACUGCUCGCUCGUGUGCCGCCGGUGGUUCGAGAUCGAAGGACAGACGCGCCACCGUCUCUCGCUUCACGCGCAAUCGGAGCUCGUAACCGCCGUACCGUCGUUAUUUGCUCGAUUCGAUUCGGUAACGAAACUCUCUCUUAAAUGUGACCGUAGAUCUGUAAGUAUAGGUGACGAUGCACUUGUUUUAAUCUCUGAAUAUUGUAAAAAUCUUACGCGUCUUAAGCUCCGCUGUUGCCGACAGUUAACGGAUCUAGGUUUAGCUAGGUUUUCUAAGAAUUGUAAGAGUUUGAAGAGGUUAUCGUGUGGAUCGUGUAGUUUUGGUGCUAAAGGAAUGAAUGCUGUUGUGGAUAACUGUUUGUUGCUUGAGGAGUUGUCGGUGAAGCGGUUACGCGGCAUUAGUGACGGUGAGGUAGCCACAGCUGAGGUUGUUGGACCUGGUGCAGCUGCAUUGUCUCUUAAGUUUAUUUGUUUGAAGGAUUUGUACAACGCACAGUGUUUUGGACCGUUGAUAAUCGGUUCGAAGAAUUUGAAAACGUUAAAGCUGUUUAGGUGUUCUGGUGAUUGGGAUAGAGUUAUGGGGCUGGUUACUGAUCGUGUGGAAGGAUUAGUUGAGGUUCAUUUGGAAAGGCUGCAGUUGAGUGAUUCUGGUCUUGCAGCACUUUCGAAUUGUCGGAAUUUGGAAAUUCUGCAUGUUAUGAAAACACCGGAUUGUUCGAAUUUAGGGUUGAUUUCUGUUGCUGAGAAUUGUAAGCUGUUGAGGAAGCUUCAUGUUGAUGGAUGGAAAACGAAUAGGAUAAAUGACGAAGGGUUGAUUGGUGUGUCGAAAUUCUGCCCUAAUCUUCAGGAGCUCGUCCUUAUUGGCGUUAAUUGUACGCGUGUUAGUUUAGAGAUGUUAGCUACGAAUUGUCAGAAGCUAGAGCGGUUGGCGCUAUGUGGGAGUGAAACAGUUGGGGAUGCUGAGAUUUCCUGCAUUGCUGAGAAAUGUGCAGCGUUAAAGAAGCUGUGUAUUAAGAGUUGCCCUAUAUCUGAUCAUGGAUUGGAAGCGCUUGCAGGCGGGUGCCCAAAUUUGGUGAAAGUUAAGGUGAAGAAGUGUCGUGGAGUGACGAGUGAUGGUGCUAGUUGGUUGAGAGCUAGUAGGGAAUCGUUGGCGGUUAGUUUGGACACUGUAGAAGUUGAGAGUCAGGAUGCGGUUAGCGAUGGUGUUCAAGAUGAAGAUCCUGCUGCUCCUAGCCAGAUUGAAGAGGCUAGUAAUGCUGUUUCUAGCAGUACCAGUAGAUCAACAUCGUUCAAGGCUAGAUUAGGCCUUGUUUCUGCGAGAAAUCUAGUGUCCUGCGCGUUCAGGAAGUGGUCAAGCUUCGGUGGUGGUGCCUAGUGUCAGUGAGAUAAAAAGAUUUGCUGGUUUGUUGUCUUGUGUACUUGUACUCAGCCUCGUAUGCUAUUAAUGCAUUCUAAAUUCGCCUCCAAUGAUGGCAUCUAUUUAUUUAUUUAUGAGGUUUGAUUUUUCUUA